AUGGCACAGCCUGACCUCAGGCUGACUGAGCUGGAGAUGAAGCCUGACGUCAGCACUGCACUGACUGAUGGCACAGGAAACUGUGACACCCCACCGAUUGUUCACACAGCAGAGUCUGACCCUGCUUUGACUGAGGAUACAACAGACACUGACACCUCACCGAUUGAUCACGCAGCAACCUCUGACAUCGAGUUGACUGAUGAACUGGCAAACUCUGACAUUUCCUUGCCUGAUCUCACUGUGGAGGCUGACACUGCAACAACUGAGGGCACUGCAGACCCUGACCUCAUGGCCAGGGAGAGUGUGAAUUAUGCUCCCACUCCAGAUCUUUUGGAGGAGAAUGGUGUCUCCAGUGCAGAGCAAGUGCCAGCCUUCGUGAGAAACAUGUACCAGAGACUGACAGUCAACGUGACUCCAGAAGAGGAGCUGCUCAUGGAGUUUCUGAGGGUGACCAAGGCAUACCCUGCUGAUGUUGUGGUCACCCUCCUGCGCUGUGCCCCAUCCUGUGACAGAGCUGCUGCCAGCAUGUGGAGGACCAUCGCCUCUUCGGGAAUGGCACUGGAGAAGGUGCUGCCAGAGUUGCUCUGUGUGAUGGAGGACUGGCCAUUGCACAGCUCAUCCACCUCUGACGGGGACAACACGCCUGUCUUUGCUCUGGCUGCAACCAUCGUGGUUUGGGAGAUUCUCCAGAUGUCCCAGUGCCCAGAGCAAUUGCAAGACCAUUCCCCCCAUCUCCUCGUGGAUCUGCUCUUCCAAGUUUUCACCAGCACAGAGCAGAUGCCAGAGGAGGUUGACGCAUUCUGGAAGGGAUACUGGGAGCAACACGGCCUUCCCACAGACUCCAAGAG